GAUGAUGUGAAUGCCUGAAUAGAUGUAAUGCAAAAAGCCAUUACGGACAUGAGUUCUGUCUUUAAGGAUUACCUUCUACACCAGAACAACAAUAAUGCCCAACAAAACACUAGUGGCAAUUCACAGCAAACAGUGGACUCAAGGGAAGGAAAUGAGCAGUUGACACUAGUGAAGCAAUUUCAGAAUAUGAACCCAACUAGCUUCAAGGGAGUCCCUGAUCCUAAUGUGGCUGAGUCUUGGGUCAAGAAACUUGAAAAGAUGUUCAAGUUGCUAAAGUGUACUGAUGAGCAAAAAGUGGAGCUGGCAGUGUUCACGUUAGAAGGUGAAGCUGAUGAUUGGUGGAUAUCUGCUCAAGAUGGGUUCUCUAAGAGGGGGGAGAAGCAAGAUGAUAUGACAGUUCAUGAGUAUCAAGCUAAAUUCAAUUCCCUUGUGAAGUUUGCUCCUUAUUUUGUCAAUGAUGAGACUAGGAAAGCAAGGGAGUUUCAGAAAAGGUUGAAAGCUUCCAUUAGGAACAAGGUGGUUCCUCAAAUGUUAAAGACUUAUGAUGAGCCUCAAACCCUUGAUUGUGUGCCUAUGGUGAAUACUCAUUCUAAGGAAGUUUUAACAUCAAAAACCAUCUAUAGAUCCUGUAGAGUUAUGGUAGAGGGUAGAGUUUUGCUUGCCAAUUUGAUUUUGUUAGGAAUAGUAAAUUUUGAUGUCAUACUUGGUAUGGAUUGGUUGUCUACCCAUUAUGCCAUGGUUGAUUGUUAUGAGAAGGUGGUUACCUUUUCCGCUCCUAAUCAGCCAGUGAUUCGAUUUGAAGGAGAAAAACUUGGAUCAGUUCCAUUACUUGUCUCUUGCAUGCAAGCUGAUAAAAUGUUGCAGCAUGAAUGUUAUGGAUAUCUGGCAUAUGUUUUUGAAUCUAAAAAGAAGCCGGUGUUCGUAAAAGGAAUUCGGGUAGUGGAAGACUUCCCUGAUGUCUUUCCUAAGGAGUUGCCUGGGUUAUCUCCAGAUAAGGAAAUUGAAUUUAUUAUAGAUCUUGUGCCUGGUACUUCACCAAUAUCCCAGCAACCUUAUAAAAUGGCUCUAGUAGAAUUAAUUGAAUUGAAGAAAUAGUUGCAAGAGCUUCUUGAUAAGGGGUUUAUUAGACUCAGUACUUCUUCCUAGGGCACUCUGGUUCUUUUUGUAAAGAAGAAAGAUAGCUUACUUAGAUUGUGCAUUGACUAUAGACGGUUGAAUCAAGUCAGUGUCAAAAA